ACCGAAAUGUCAAAACGGAGUGUCACUGCAUGGAAGUGUCAAAAAUAGAAAUGUGCACAAGAGUGUUAACAAUGUCGCCUUGUAAAAUGUGAUUUCGUGACAAAAAACUAAUUAUUUGUGCAAUGUAUAAACCACCAUACAUCUCAAUCAAAAGUUCUUAAUCACCUAGAGGCAAUGAGCACCGAAAAUCACAAUAGUGUCGAACAAAACCCGGUGGUUUUUCUCGACAUCAAAUUCGGAGCGGCAAAAGCCGGCAGGGUCAUAAUAGAACUGUUCAAAGACAAAGUACCAAAAACAGCCGAAAAUUUCAGAGCACUUUGCACGGGCGAAAUGGGAUUAGGGAAAAAAGGAUUUCCUCUGCAUUAUAAAAAUUCGGUAUUCCAUAGAGUGGUUCCCAUGUUUAUGGCUCAAGGAGGAGAUAUUACCAGGAAGGAUGGGACUGGUGGCGAAAGCAUUUAUGGAGAAAAAUUUGACGACGAAAAUUUUUCAGUACUGCACGACCGUGAGGGUUUGGUGGGAAUGGCGAACAGCGGUCCUCACACAAACAGCUCCCAGUUUUACAUAACGACAGUUCCUUGCUCACAUUUAGACGAAAUUAAUGUAGUUUUUGGAAUCGUAAGAAAAGGAUUCAAUAUAGUAAUAGAAAUGGCGGAGGUUCCACGUGAUAUCGAUGUCCCAUUAGAACCCAUAACGAUAGAAAACUGUGGUGAAAUUAAACCAGGAGAGAGUUGGUGUAUAGAAGAAAAAGACGGAACGGAGGACGUGUACCCUCCGUGGCCCAACGACUGGGACGUGAACACGGAAGAAGAGGAAGUAAUAGAAAAUGCAAUAAAUAAAAUCAAAGAUUCAGGAAAUUAUUUUUUUAAUGAGAACAAUUAUGUAGACUCAGAACGAAAGUAUAUUAAAGCGCUGAGGUAUAUCGACUGGUUCAUAGGACUCAAUAGGAAUAGCAAUCGCAGCAGAGUGUACGAAGUAAGGAUCAAUUCUCUGUUGAAUCUUGCUGCUGUUAGGUUAAAGAGACACAAGUACAAUGAAGUUAUAGACUUAUGUAGCCAGGUUAUAUUAAAAGAGCCAAAUAACGGCAAAGCCUUUUAUAGGAGAGCUCAAGCCAGGUUGGCCCUCAGAGACUAUGACAAAGCCCUCAAAGACUUAAAUGUUGCAAGUAGCCUUCACCCAAACGACAACAACAUUCAGGCAGUAUUAAACGUGGCCAAGAAAAAGAAACUGAGUUAUUUGCAGCGAGAGAAGCAAUUUUAUGGCAAUUUUUUCAAGUAAUUUUUUUUUAAUUUUAAGAUAAUAUUGGUUACCUAAUGCACAUUUCCAAGUUGGUUGUUUGAUUUUAAGCUUGUUGCAAUAGUGUAGUUUAUGUUUCACAUUUUUGUAUCAUGGCCAAGUAGUGGUUAAGUUUCCCCUUUUGGAAACAAAACUGAAAAUUUUGUGAUUUUAAAAUGUUAACGUUCUUUUAGUUGAAACGUUGAAAUUGAUUCCAUCAGUAUUUUCUAAUGGUCCAAAAGAAUUGUGUUCUAUCAGGAGUGGGAUUGAUCUCAUUUUCGUUUUUGACAGUGUUCUAUUCGGUAUCGAAAUUUUGUAAGAUUAGCAAUAAAGUGUUCGCAGUUUUGACUUUUUUUCAUCGAAUAUUGCAAAAUUUGGUACUUAAGUGUCAGUUUUUGCCAUGUGUUAAGACCUGAAGGUAUUAGGCGGUUGAUAAACAAGUUUGUAACUUUAUGACUGAAAAGCUCAAAAUAUUUUUUUAGUUAAGUUUGUAUUUUAAUUACAAAUGUUGUUAUGAUUUAAUAAAGUCUACGAUGUGAUAAUGA